AUAUGAUCCUUUCCUGACCCUUGACAUUUGCAGGUACAGGAUGUAAACUGAUAUUUUGCAUCAUGAUCAUGGGGUGAUCCAUACACAUUUCCACUCUCUAAACAAGCAAUCUUCCCUCUAAUUCUUGAGGCAAUGCCCUCUUGACGGUUCAUAGUGAUGAACAAAGUUCGGAGACCACAGACAAGAUGAGGAAACGAGGUAUUUUUGCGGCUUUUAUGGUGGUGAGUUUCGUUGUGGGGUGGGGGGUGUUGACCCUGUACUCUCCCCACCAUGCAACGUACGCUAUCGGGCUGCAGAAGGCGGGGAGACAUCCCAGAUCACGCCUUAAGGGCAGGAGGGGACAUACAGGGAACAUCAAACUAGGUAAGGAACACCCUCACGUCAGGGAGAUCCUCUAUAACCGUCUCCCUAAGUGUGGCAGCACCAGUCUGAAGGCUCUGACCAGGAGACUCGCCAAGAAAAACCAGUUUUACUUCAAGGAGUCCAAAAUCUGGGACCAGUUCCAGCUGAACCAGACUGGAUUGAAAGCCUUUGCAGAAGACUUCUACACAGUUCCAUCACCUUUUAUCUAUGAAAGACAUGUCUACCUCGUUGAUUUUGAGCAACUUGGCCUGAAGAGCCCUAAGUACAUCAACCUGGUCCGUGACCCGCUGGAUAGACUAGUAUCAUCCUACCACUUCAUGCGCUACGGGCGCAAGGGUGGACCGAACCACAUCGUGACACAUUUGUUUAACAAGUACCACAACGAGACUGACAGGAAUCAGACCUUUGAUUCCUGUGUUUUGAACAAGUCGAAGGAGUGUUGGGGACAGAGGGUUAACCUGAUGACACGCUUCUUCUGUGGGCAGGACCCUGUGUGCAGAGAGCCAUCCAUUCAGGCACUGGAGAAGGCCAAGGAGAACAUCCGGAGACACUACCUGGUGGUGGGCCUGCUGGAGGACUUCAACAGUUUCCUGAAGGUGCUGAGCAGGAUCCUACCACAGUUCUACAGGGGGGUGACGGACUUGUGGAAAGAUCUGGCUCCAAGUGUGCAGGAAGCCCAGAAGACAGUGAAGAAACAGCCCCCCUCCCCCCUGGCUCAGAAGGUCAUGCGCCAGAGGAUGGACCUUGACUAUCAACUGUACUCGUUUAUUGAGGAUCGCUUUCGUAGGCAGAAACUUGAAUUAGGCAUUCAAUAGUCACUUCUGGUAUAGUGAAAUCUAAUAAGCAUGCAAGAAACAGUCAUAUAAAGCAGAAAUUAUACUUCAUAUAGGAUGAUAGUACUUCAAAAUUUGGAAAAGUAGAUUGAAGUUUUAAACUUAAUGAUAUCUAUCUGCAUUAUUGUGAUAUUGCCAACCAAUCAUUAAACAGCAUUAGGGGUUGCCUUAGUUCAGAUGUUAUCAGUCUGAGCCAAUCAGGGAUAAGUACAUGUAGGGCACCGUUGGGGUUACUUUGAGUCAACUGUCCCACGCACAUGUUACUUAACAGGCACACAGGGGUUACCUGGGGUGAGAUCUGUGUCAUGUGACACCACAAACCAAUCAGUAGACAAGGAAUCAAUGGCUACUAAGGGUCAGUCAUAAAAAAAGAAGAGAGUCCUGAUUGUUUUCUGUCCUUUGAGACAGAAGCACAUGCUCAGAAACUAGAAGAGAUUGUAGAAAGGUUAGUUAGGUAAGAGGCUCUGGGGACUCCCUAGGUAGGCUGGCAGAAUGCAGAAUGCAUGAAAUCAACAGGAGUGGGUGUACAUAUUUGUAUGCAUUGGGUUUGUAGUCUUGCUGUGAAGAGCUGAGAUUUUGCCAAAAUGUUUCACAGGAACAGCAACUGAUGGUACUGUAAAUCUUGACACAUUUGCAGUUGUUGUAUUUUUGCAGUUUUCCUGCUGACCUAUCCAGUGCAAAUCCAUAAUGCUGCAAACAUGUCUAUUUGUAUACCUACCAUACUGCAGAAUUGAUCAACAAUAAUUUUGAAACACUGAAAAAACAUCCCUUUCCCUUGUAGAACAAAAUAAAACCACUGCAAAAGUAAAUGAAAAAAAAAAUCACAAUAAUGCAUGACAUCAACAGGAGUGGGUGUAUAUUGUCAUGCCCAGCAUGCCUUUAGUUUGUAGUCCUUCUGUGCAGAGCUGAGAUUUUGCAUGUUUCACAGGACCCAAUAAAAGCACUUACAAGAUCAUGUAAGGGUACUGGUAACUUUGAUUUCAAAAGCCUCCCUGGCUCUUAUUAAAUGUAGUUCAAUGCUCUGUAUUGUGCCAUAGGAAAUUUAUAAAUAGUGGAUAUCAAGUGAAUUUUGCAUCAUCAGAUGGAUGUUAUUUCAUUUUUGAUUUUCAGAUUCUUUACUGGCUUCAAGGACUCUGAACCAUACAUAUGACUGUACUUAUGUACAGUAGGUAUAUUUUUAUUACAAGUGUUAUAGAGCUAAUGGCCAAAUAUGGUAAGGUUAGUGAAGGAGACACUAUACUGUGUAUUGAUGAUGCCUGGUUGGAGUAAGGAUGUCGCUUUAUUUCCUGAUAAUGCUCUGUCCUUUUAUUUCCUGAUGCAGGUGACAGCAAUAUGUUUCAUAUAUGCUUUAAGUCAACUAUUAGGGAACAUGUCAUUUUAUCCUUUCUUAGAGGGAAAUUUAA